AUGUCAACGCUCGUUGAGAUCAACAGCUCGUUGUAUUCUGUCAACGAAAGCACUUGCGUCCCUGAUACAAUCGAGCGAAUCGACUCGACGGUGACGUACGACGAGUUCUUCUCCAAACAUCUAAUAUGUAACAAGCCGUGCAUCAUCGGUUUGCAAGCCACCGAGAACUGGCCGUGCAGACGUGAAUGGGUAUCAAACGGUGCGCCCAAUCUCGAGGUGCUCCGCAUGCUGUUUGGACGUUCCGUUGUCCCCAUUGCCGAUUGUAACAGAAAGUUUUAUAAUUCACAAUUAAAGAAUGAUAUGUCCAUGGAGAGUUACCUGGAGUAUUGGGUCAACUAUAAGCAAAACUGUUACACCAAAUCAAUGCCGUUGUUGUACUUGAAAGAUUGGCAUUGCAUGAGAAACUUCCCUGAUAUUUCAAUUUACGAAGUGCCUCAGUAUUUUGUUUCCGACUGGUUGAAUGAAUAUUAUAUUGCUCAUCCUGAACUAGGUGACGAUUACAUGUUUGUAUAUAUGGGCCCAAAAGAAACCUGGACUCCACUACACGCGGAUGUUUUUACAUCAUAUAGUUGGUCUGCAAAUAUAGUUGGAAGAAAGAGAUGGUUACUCUUUCCUCCACAUGAAGAGGACUACCUUCGUGAUCUUUAUGGGCAAUUGGCAUAUGACGCGGUUUCAGAAGAACUUAAUGAUCACACGAAAUAUAAGAUGUACAAUAGUAAAAAGUUAAAAUGUUUUGAUGUAACUCAAGAAGCAGGAGAGAUUAUAUUUGUGCCAUCUGGAUGGCAUCAUCAAGUCUGGAAUUUGGAAGAUACAAUUUCGAUUAAUCAUAAUUGGAUCAAUGGCUGUAAUAUCGCCAAUGUAUGGUGCACACUGAAAAAAGAGUUGAGAUCCGUCAUGAAAGAAGUUGAUGAUUGCAAGGAUAUGAAGAAUUGGAAUGAACAUUGCCAAUUGAUGUUAAAAAUCUCUUAUGGCAUGGACUAUAAACAGUUUCUCGAAUUCAUAUCAUUUAUUGCUAAGAAUCGUUUACAUGCUAUGAUAAAAAAGAGCCAAGUCGUGAGUUUUAAUAAGUAUCGUUUCGGACGUAAUCAUUGUUUGUUUGAUUUGCGAGCACUUAAAACCAUAUUAGAGGAUAUUAUCACAGACGCGCAAAAUCUGUCCAUCUACAAUUUGAUGUGUGAGAAUAAUGAAGCCCGUGUUUUGUUGAAAGAUAUUACUUUGUUUCUUGAGUCUUUUUGUAACAUUGAAAAUGUAGUUUCUCCAUGAACAUGAAAUCUGAUAGUUACUAACAAGACAAACUGUUAAGAAGCCAAUUGUAAAUUUUGUUGUAAAUAUAGCAUGUACUUUCAUAGUUGA